AUGAAACUUCUUAGAGUAUUGGAUUUGGGACAUAUUAGUUUAGGUUUUACUUUUCCGAAUGAAUUAUGCUUGCUCGUUAGGCUGAGGUACUUGGCAGUUCUAGGUAGGAUGAACAUCAUCCCAUCCUCACUAGCUAACCUCCUAGAUUUGGAAACUUUUAUUGUGACAACAUAUUAUUCAGGUGGUGGCCUUUCUUUAUUGCAAGAUGCUUUCUGGAAUAUGCAGAAAUUGAGGCAUCUUCAUGUACGUGGUGCUCUGAUUGAUCUUAGUUUGGCCAAUGACAACCCUGAAUCCUCGUCUGUCUUGUAUAACUUAGACACCUUUUCUACUCCAAAGCUUUACGUAGGGCAAAGCUUGGAUGCGAUGAUAAGAAAGUUUCCAAAUAUCCGCGAACUGAAAUGCUGUCUCCUAGAAUCAGAGGAAUCUACUAGUGACAGCAUCAAGAUUGUGGCAAUGGACUCUCUCAGGCAACUUGAAUCACUAAAGCUGCUUCUUAGUCAGGUGAGUCCACAUCAUAUUGAACUUCUUCUCCCCUCAAAUCUUAGACGGUUGACCCUGGUGGACUUUUCUUGGAGUCUACUUUCCUCCGUUGGACAGCUAUCCAAUCUUGAGGUUCUCAAAUUAAUCGGACAAUCUGAUGGUGAUGGGGUUAAGGAAUGGGACAUGGAAGAAGGACUCUUCCCCAAUCUCAAAGUCUUGAUGUUGAAAUCCUUGAAUAUAGUCUGCUGGAAGGGCUCGGAAGAUAAUUUUCCCUGUCUUGAGAAAUUAGUUUUGGAAGAUUGUGUGGAAUUAGAAGAGCUCCCUUCCUGUUUAUGGGAAACAUUAACUCUUCAAUUGAUCGAGGUGCAUGGAUGUCUAUACUCUACUGGAGAUUUAGCUCGAGAUAUCAUGGAAAAACAGAUGGACUAUGGAAAUGAGGAUCUGAAAAUCUGCAUCUCAGGGGAAAUUGAGGAUACUUCUUCAUGGUCCGAUUGA